ACCCUAGUGGCACCGGGCAGGGGACGGAGGGCUCAGGCGCAGCGCGCCGGGCGUCUCUGCUCGGGGUGGGGACCCGUUGUCCCCCUGCAUUCCAGGGGCAGCCCUCCGGGAACGGUCGGGGCGGCAAGCAGCGGAGGAGCCGCUGGAUGCCGCAGGGACACUCCCUACCCGCAGUCCAAAGUCUGGGGCCGCCGGGGGGGGCGCGAGGCGCUUCCCUCGCCCGGCAGCCGCGCUGGGGCGAGGCCGCCCUGCUCGGCCGCUCCCUCCCGCCCGCCGCCACGCUCCAGCGGCCAGGGACAAAGGGGCAAGAGCCGCCGCAGGAGCGCGGGGCCGGUCCUGGGGAAAGCGAGGCCGGGGGCGGUGAGUGUGGGGCUGAGCCGGCCGGUCCCGCUGUGCCUGCGGGCGACAGCGGGCGGAAGGGCCCUGCGGAACCCCCGCCGCCCGCAGGGAGCGGCCCCGCCCGGCUCACUUCCCCCGGGCGCCAACCCCCCUGCCCCGCUGCCCGCUCCGGGGCCCGCGGGAGCAGCGGCGGGAGCGGCCUCGCCCUGGCCCUCCCCGUGCGCGCCCUGCCGCCGUCCUGCCGCGGGGGGGCGCCCGCCGCCGGCGGGGCGGGGCCAGGCGACCCGCGCACGUCGCGUCACGGCCCGCGCGCCGCCGCCGCCGCCGCCAUGAUGCUCCGCCGGCUGCCCCGUGCCGCCGCCCCCCGCCCCUCCCGCGCUCCCUCCCGCAGCCCGCCGCCGCUGCCGCCCGCUCCGUGGCCACUGCAGUGCCCCUGGCCCACGUGGAGGUGGAGGGUCGCAGGGAUCAGCCACCCCUCGUCCUGCUCCACGGGCUCUUUGGUAGCCACAGUAACUUCCAGACGGUGGCCAAGGCACUCGUGCGCCGUGGUAGCGGCAAGGCAGGUGCUGACAGUGGAUGCCCGGAACCACGGCAGCAGCCCCCACAGCCCCGUGAUGACGUAUGAAGCAAUGAGCCUGGACGUGCAGCACCUCCUGAGCCGCCUGGGCAUCACCAAGUGCAUCCUCGUGGGACACAGCAUGGGGGGCAAGACAGCCAUGACGCUGGCCUUGCAGCGGCCAGACCUGGUGGAGCGCCUCAUCUCCGUAGACAUUGGUCCUGGCUCAACCGCUCCCGUGUCCGAAUUCUCUACCUACAUCUCGGCCAUGAAGGAGGUGAAGGUCCCGGCGGGGCUGUCCCGCUCGGCAGCACGCCAGCUGGCAGAUGACCAGCUGCAGCCUGUGGUCAAGCUCCCACAGCUGAGACAGUUCCUCCUCACCAACCUGGUGGAGGUGGAGGGCUGCUACGUGUGGCGGGUGAACCUGGAGGCUAUUUCCCAGCACCUGGCAGAUAUCAUGAACUUCCCUGUCUUCCAAAAGCCAUAUCCUGGUCCUGCACUGUUCUUGGGAGGGUCCGACUCGCCCUAUAUCAGCUCCAGAGACUAUCCAGAGAUCCAACGUCUCUUCCCCAAGGCAGAGAUCCAGUACAUUAAAGGUGCAGGCCACAUAGUCCAUCAGGAUAAAUUUGAAGAAUUCAUCACUGCUGUCCUCAAUUUCCUGCCACAGCUGUAGCACUGGGGACCAGGGUUUCUGCAGGGACCAUGUGGGUCCUGAGGAGCUCUGGACAGUGAUGCAGGGCUCGGGCUGUGAGGAUGAGCUCAGCUGAGACUCGCUGCCCUCACUGCAGUCUGAUUCUGCCUGCAAGACCAGACCUUCUCCCAUCCUGAUUCUCCUGCAGCCAGAGCAAAGAGACAUCUGCAUCCUGCUGAGAUCUCCUGCCACCUCUUAGGGAUAUGGGGUGCCACUGGCUCAGGACACUGUCCUGCCUGCACAGGGGUGUCAGGCACACGGAGGGGGCAGGAGAGCCCUCUUGUUUUCCUGCUGCCAGACCCUUCCAUGGAUCUGGCUGUGACUUUGCAGAAUGUGCAAUAAAGCUGAAUCCAUGCCAAGGCA